CUCUCAGUCUCGGAGGUUGGUGGCGCCGCAGAGGUGAACAAGAAUCUGUUUCCUGGUCUCCAGCUGAACUUCUCCUGGUGUGUAAAAGUCAACAUCAGGGUGAAAGCUGCUGCUGAAUCAGAUCAGAUUUUACAAAAGAGGAAAAUGACACCGUGGAUCUCAUCAAGAAGUACUUUGGCAAGAAAUCAGCAGACUUCAUCACGGUCUUAUUCACCAGAGGAGACGAUCUCACCGGGUCCAUUGAGGAGUACAUAUAAGACACUGACCCCCUCUUACAACAGCUGAUACAUGAAUGUGACGGGAGAUACCACGUGUUCAACAAGGAAAAGAGAGAUCGAACACAAGUCCGAGAGUUGAUGACAAAAAGCAGCAGAAUACUGGAGAGAAACGAAGACGGGCGCUACACAACUGAGAUGUUCCAGGAGGCAGAAGAAGAGAUCGUAAAUGAGCUGGAGAAGAUCCUCAUAGAGAAGGAGGAAGAGAUGAACAGAAAGCUGGAAGAGAUGAAAAGAGAUCAUGACGAAGAAAUGGAAACCUUGAGAGGAAGAAUGAAAGAAGAGAUGGAAAACAUAGAACAAGAGAGGGAACAACGACAUGAGCAACUGAAAGAAAUGGAGGAUAAAAUCAAAAAGGAGAGGGUUGAGAGAAGAAAAGAGCAGGAAAUGAGAGAACACGAAGAUGAAAUGAAGAAAAGGCAAGAGGAUAUUCAAAGACAGGAGUGGGGUUGGAAACUUGAAGCAGUGAGGGAACAGGAUAAAGAAGAGAUGAGAAAACAACAAGAAGAAUGGGAGAACGAACGACAGAAGUGGUGGGAGAGACGACAUCAAGACAACAAACGGAGACGACAGGAGGAGCGAGAAAGAAGGAGAACACUGCAGGAAGAGUACGAAGAAGAAAGAAAAAAAUAUGAAAAACGGAAAAAAGAAGAAGUGUAUCUGAUACAAGAACAAGAGAAGAAGAGAAAACGAGUAAAGGACAACUACAAAGAUCAGCAGCAGAGCAUGAAAAGGACGUAUGAGGAGGAGGCCAGAAAACAAGAGGAAGAGUUUAACGUGCAGAAAAGGAAGGGUGAAAGACGGAGAGAUGGAGAGACUAGGCAAGGAACCAGAGAUACAUGAACCGACAGACGAAGAGAGAGAAGCGCCAUCCUCCGAUCCCCGAUGUCUCGGUUUUUUACUGUUUCAUCCUGACGAUUACAGCUUCUGUAUCACUGGAAUAUUAUUGUUUGUGUAAAAGUUUGUAAUGACGAUUAUUAUUGAACUGAUUAACAUUUCCUGUGUUUCAUGAUCCUGAUUCGGCCUCUGAGUCUGAUCCCGUUCCUGGUCCUGAUUUGGCCUCUACUGGUAUUGAUUUUCUGGAGAUUUUUCCAACAUUCUGUGAGAGACCUCACACAGAAUCAAAAAGAAAUCAGGAGAACUCUAAUCUGCUGAAUCUAAGUUAGAAGUUUAACAGGAUUUAUCAAAACAUGAAGUUGAAUUAGAGAAAAAAUGGGCGGAUAAAACUGUUCCAAACAGGAUUUAUGGCUUCUGUUUUCCAUCAGCAUUGAUGGUUUUCAGUUUCAUUUAACGUCAGAAGUCAGAUGACCAGUAGCCUGAUCAUAAUAUGGAGUUUGAGACAGGAAGUAGAAUCAAAAAGUUUCUUUAGCCUCUCAGGCACAAAGUUAUAGAAACAAAUGAAAAAAUACAACAACAAUAAUGACAACAACAACAACAACAACAGUGGGACUGACUGUUUCCGU